UAAACCGCACCUUAGAGGUGCGGUUUUAAAAUAAAAGUGGUAUUUUUGGAAUUUAUUUGGGUGUUAUUUUUAUAAUUUGUUUUAAUGAUACUAUUUCUGGAAAAAUCUCACCAUGUACACCCCUAGUGGCACUUAACACCCUCUACCUGCCACUUGUGCGAUGUCCCUUCUUCCAUAACUACCCGAUCCCCACAGCUUUCCUUUCACCACUUCCUCCUUCCCAUCUCUACUUCCAUUCACAGGGAUGGCAACAAUGGGGCAAGAAGGUCAAGAAGAAGAAGAAGAAGCCAACGCAGGCAAAAGCAAAAGCAGCAGCAGCUGGGAAGAAGACAUGUACUGGACUCACUUCCAGUUCACCCAUUUCUUCCGAUUACUGCAUGCCGGCUUCCACCGCACCCUUGCACUGCCUAAGAAAUUUUCCGGCCGGUUGAAAUCCAAAUUACCGGAGACCGUCACUCUGACGGGUCCGAGCGGAGCCAAUUGGACCGUCAGAUUGACCACCACGACCUCCGCCGCCGACGCCCAGAGCACCGUGUGCUUCAGUCGGGGAUGGAGCGAAUUUGCGGCCGACAAUUCGCUCCAGGUCGGCGAUCUGUUGGUGUUCAAGUACAAUGGCGAGUCCCGUUUCGACGUUCUGAUCCUCGAAACCCGUACAUCCUGCGAGAAGCCCGCCGCUUAUUUCGCUAAGAAGGGUGAUAUUAGCAGCGAGCCGAAGACGAAAACAACAGGGGGGAAUUUCGCUGGUGUUCAUGUCUCCCCUGCCUCGCCGCCUGCAGGGGAAAACAACAGUGGAGCUGACGGAAAUAUUCCGCCGCCGCCGGAGAACUCCGUGGAGAUAAUAGUGGACGACGAGCCAACAUCGUCGACAGGGCAGCCUGUAUCUUCCGGCGUCUCGAACAAAAUGGCCAAGCCCAAAUUGAAGCGGACGAAACUGGUGGUGGAACAGUACAACAGGACGGUGACAGAGGAGUCCAAACGGAAGGCUCUGACGAUGGCUAGAUUCGCUGCAGGCAGAGAUUGCUUCAUCUCCGUGAUGAAAACCAGCAGCGUUUGCAAGACAUUUUACCUGUCGGUCCCGAGCGCGUGGAUGAAGAAGCAUCUGAACUAUGGGGAGACGCAGGAGCUGAUACUGAGGGUGGGAGAGAACGAGUGGCCGGUGAAGUUCAGGCCGAGGAAGAAGAAAGGAUGGGGAGGGCUGGGCGGUGGAUGGAGGAUUUUCGCUCAGGACAACAAUUUGCAGCCGUUUGAUGUCUGUUUGUUCCAACCUUCAUCGCAGACGUCUGUUCUGUUAAACUCUGCUGCUGUUGUGCUGGAGGUCAAGAUCUUUCGUUGUAGCUAGUUCUGGUAAUGUAAAUGUGUAAGUAAUGGUAGGUGAAUGGUUGGUGUUUAGGAGAUCUAGCUAUGUGUUAUCUUUGAUGUAUCUUUCUAAAGACUUGUGAGCCACGGGAAGGCGGCCUUGGGCGAUGGCACAUAAGUAAACUACUAAUCAGGAGGCUUGCUUUCUCUUUUUUCUUGUUCUCACCCCGCUCGUUGUUUUAACAGUGUUGUCGUCCUAAUGACUAAGAAGAUCUUUUGAUAGACAAUUCGACUAUUGGGAUAGUUUGUGUGAGCUGAAGUCAGGGCUGUAGGUUGACUUGAAUCCAAAUCCGAGAAGGAGAAGGAUUAGAGUUACAGCGGGAAAGCUUGAUCAUUUGAAUAAAGGAACCAAAACGGU